AUGUCCGGGCACAACCUUCACAACGCUCUCCUUCGCCCUCCCAUCAUCCAGAUCCUCCGCGCCCAGGGCUUCCACUCAACGCGCCCGUCUGUCCUAGAAACACUGGCCGACCUGACCGGAAGAUACCUCAUGAUUCUCGCCUCCUCCACAGCUGCGCAUGCUGCCAAUGCUCACCCCGAUGAUCCGUCUCCCGUACUCGAAGACAUUUACCAAGCGCUUCAGGAUGCAGGUGCUUUACGACCACAGCUACGUGAAUGGGAAGAAGACUGGGCAGGCGAGGAAGAUCUGCGCGGACUUGAGUCGCUCAUUGGUUGGAUAACUGGCCCUGCACACCACGAGAUCCGGCGCAUUGCAGGCUUUGUCCCCAGCGAGGGCGACAUGAUCGACCCUGAUGCAGUUGAAAAGGAGGAUUACCUGACGGCCCUCAAGAAAAAGCACAGCAAGACUGGUGAGGAGUCUCGGUACGCCGGUACAGUGCUCGGCAAGAACGCUGAAGAACACCCUUUGGUCAUCGAGGGCGGCCCACCUAGUAUCCGCGAAUGGGGUGCGCAGGUCCGAUCUCGCACACCACACAGCCCAGCAAGCGAUACAUCUGGCGUCAGCAGUGCGCCAAGUAACAUGUCAGAGCAUGGCGAUGGCAUGGAGGUGUGA